AAGUAACGAUAACUACGAAAUUAGGUAUACAAGUCUCUGCCCUACGUUUUAUUGAUUAGAUGAUACAAAGGACCACUUCAUCCCCAGAGAAGAUGAUCGGAGGAAAGAUUCCUGAAUCACGAGUUUCUGCAUCACUACCAUGUUUUCAGGCGAGUGCUGAAGGGUUAAGUCGACGGAAGAGCUUAGCUGAAGCCGGGAAGAGAGAUAUCUUCUAUGGAGAAGAUGACGUGGCAGACUUGAUGUUUAGAGAAGAGGAAGUGGAACAAGACACGGUCAUGAGAGCUUAUAGAAGUAACGAAGCUAUGAAAUCUAUCCAAGAUACGAGACGAAGACAAAGAAGGUUCUUUUGUUUUGAAUGUUUUGACUUUCUCAAACUUUUUUUCUCUAGAGAUCGAAACUAAUAACCCUAACAACAAACAAUGUUUCUUGUAUUUCUUUAUCUUGUAAAUUCUUUAGAUUGAAAUUGAUACUAUAUGGACGACAGACAAGAGUUUCAUU